AUGGGUCAACCUGUGAGGCUACUCUCUUAUCGCUUCACGCAGAGGAUAACCUUCCCAGACCUAGAAGACAACUUGAAGGCUCCUCCUGCGUCGGUGGAUUGGGAGGCUCUAGGCGCGUUGGGGCCAGUGCGAGAUCAAACAGAACAUUGUGGUAGCUGCUACGCGAUAGCACCCGCUGUCGUGCUGGAAAGCCGUUUCAAAAUACACGCUGGGAUUCCCAAAGUCGUCCCAUUCUCAGUUCAACAGAUAGUCGACUGUAGUCAGCCAUAUGGCAAUAAAGGUUGCAUUGGAGGUUCACGGAGGCAAUCAUAUAAAUAUGUCAUGGGGAAUGGUAUCGUUAAGCAGGCCAGCUACCCUUAUGAGGCUAAGGUGGGAUCGUGCAAGACAUCAAUCACCACUGAUGCGAAGCAGCAGUGUCUGAAA